GACCUUAAGGUCGCUGCAUUUUUGUUUAGACAGUAAUGCAAUGUUAAUUGAAGGACAAACGCAAAUCUGCUAAUGUAUAUAAAUCGAAGGGUUAGAGGAAGUCUGUACUCAUUGUGUCUACAAGUCUCAGUACUAGUACAACAUGAACGCUUUGAUCGUAGCAGCCCUCGCCAUCUUGGCUACCGCCUCAGCCGCACCUUCUGGUCACGGAAUAGGCGCAGUAGUGGCUGGACCUUCAGGAAUCGUCACCGGACUUGGACCAAUCGGACCUGCUGGUCACGGUCUUGGCCUUGGCUAUGGAUUGGGUCUUGGACACGGCGUAGCCGUAGGCGCCCCAGCUGCCGUCAUCGCCGGUCCAGUCGCUCACGGAGCCGUCGUUGCCGGACCUGGACUAGGUCUAGGACUUGGAGGACUAGGACUUGGAGGACUUGGACUUGCUCAUGGAGGACUUGGACUCGCUCAUGGAGGACUCGGACUCGUAUCUCACGGUGUUGGAGCCAUCACCGCUGGAGGUGGCGCCAUCUCCGCCACUGGACACGGAGCUGCCGUCAGAGGACCACCAACUGCCCCAGUUGUAGUUGAAGGACCAUCCGGUAGGGUCGCUGCUGAUGGUCUUUGGGGACCUACCGCUAACAUUGGAGGUCAUGGUGCUCUUGGAGCUGUUGGUCAUAUUGGCUACGGUCAUGGCCAUGGAUGGCAUAACUCCAUUUUUCUAGGCCCAACCUUUUUCACUUGUAAUCUGAAACACUUUCAUACAAGGACAAUGUAUGUACUGAUUUUCCUAUAUAAAGAAAGAAAAACGUUGGAAAGUAUCAUUCUUGUAAUUAUCUUUCAACCCAUCAUGAAACUACUGUUCGUUGCUCUUUUCGCCAGCUUGGCCACCCUCAGCUACGGCUCCAUCCACGGAGCCUUGGUAGGACCUUCAGGAAUUGUUACAGCAGCUGGAGCCAUCGGGCCUGUAGGCAACAGUCUUGCUUGGGGUCAUGGAGCUUGGGGCUUGGGAGGUCUUGGAUGGGCUGGUCAUGGAGGUGCUGCAGUCAUUGGACCUGCCGCAGCUCCUGCUGUAGUUGCAGGACCUGCAGGAACUAUUGCCACCUCUGGAGUUUGGGGUCAUGGACUUGGUCAUGGACUUUGGGGUCAUGGAGUUUGGGGACGUAAAUGAAGGAAGUGAGGAUUAUGAUACCACCGAUUGAUGUUCGAUUGAAUGUCAAAUACAGUUUUCGAACUAGUAUUUUUUGUUGUAUUAUAGGAGGAAUUAUUUGUCAAUAAAACUUGAUGAGCAUCCAUGAAAA